UAUCCGUCUAUCUGUCUGUGUAUCUGUCUGUGUAUCUAUCUAUCUCUUGUUUUCUGUGUGGCUGAAGGGUGAAGCAGCAUCAUCACCACCAAAGUGAACUGCAGAUAACCCCAUGACGUGGCAGACACACUAUGGAAAGCCUAUAUAAAAUUCACAGAGCCCGCAUGUAUCUGGUGGUGGUCUGAGCCGCUGAUAAGGCUUUGCAGGGCUAUCUGCCUUCAGUCUAGAUGAAGGAUGAGCUUCUCAGACAUAGACGUUGUCCAUCCUGCUGAUGCUCCCUCGUCUCAUCGUAAACUCUUGUGCACCCUCUGGUGCUUGCUAGUCUCCCAAACUUCUUUGUGUAGCCUGCUUUGCAGAUUGUCUUCCUUGUCUGUGUGGUUGCUCAUUAUUCAGAGACAGACGGAUCUCAGGUCAUCUGCAGCUGCAGCAAAGGAGAAGCAGGAAAGAUGGCGAUCAUCCAUUAGACCGACCGGGCGCACGCAUGAAAUACGAGGACAACUUUUGGGAGGAUCGCUUGAGGAGAAGAUUGUACCAGUUUCCCUGAUUUUCCAGGGAGUGCUCCCUCUUUUCAGUGAUGGAGGUAUUGCAGUGUGACGGCUGUGACUUCCGUGCCGAGUCAUAUGAUGACUUAAAGACCCACAUUCAGGAAGUGCACACGGCUUUCCUGCAGCCUGCAGAUGCAGAUGAGUCUGACUCUCUGAAAGACGAGGAUGAGGAUGAGGAGGAAGAGGAGGAAUUUGACGACAAGGAUGACAAGGAUGACAAGGAUUACACGCCUCCUAAAGCUGGAACGAGCCCUAACUCUGCUGACAACUCCAACCAAACACCACAGAAGCAGACAGAUGAAACACACCUGCCCUUUUACCAGUGCAAGUUCUGUGUCCGUUACUUCAGAUCAAAGUCAUUCUUAAGAAACCACACCAAAAAAGUGCAUAAUGUUGUCGAGGAAGAUUCAGAUGCGAGCAUCUCCUUGCAGACAGCCAAGCAGCCCAGCUACACCGUUAUAAUGCACAAUGACCAUUCAAAAGUGUACUCCUGUCAAUAUUGCACGUACAAGUCUCCACGCAAAGCAAGGAUAAUGAAACACCAACUAAUGUAUCAUAAUAAGGGUCCCUCAGAGGGUGCUGGAGAUGCCUCAGAAUACGCAGAGACUGGAGAGGAAUCGGACUCAGCCAGUGGACUCAUGAAGGGAACAUUUGCCUGUGAGUGGUGUAACUAUCAGACUGACCAGAAGGACAGCUGGACUAAUCACGUGGUGAAGGAACACAGUGACAAGGUCAAGAUAGUUUCCUGCAUUGCAGAGCUGGAAGGGGAGGCAAGUGCAUGCUCACCCAAUAUAGAUUCUCCCUCCGCUUCCCGAAGCCCGACAAGAUCAAAGACGACUUUCACUGAUGUUCGAGGGAAGGAAGAGCCGGUAGCAAAAACAGCAGAAAACACGCCAGAGAAGUCAAUCCCGGAGAUCUCAUCCUUUCAAUAUGCACAGAUGAGUGCAGUUACCCCCAACAGCACAGGUUCCUCUAUUUUGUCAAAGAGGUUUGCUUCAUCUGAUGUCUCUAAAAGCAUCGUAGAGAUGGAUGCCAACCUCCUCAAUGAGGAGGACUCUCGGAGCAGCUUAGAGGACGACGAUGAUGAAGAAGAGUUGGGCGAUAUAGAUGAUCCAAGCUAUACUGGGACCCUGUCAGCAGAUGCAAAGCAGCUUUUAACUGAUGAGGAUAAUAAAUUGCUGGAGACAAAGGGAAUACCGUUCAGAAAGUACAUGAACCGAUUUCAGUGCCCGUUCUGCUCCUUCCUCACCAUGCACAGGCGGAGCAUCUCCCGCCACAUUGAAAACAUUCACCUCUCCGGUAAAACCACAGUGUAUAAAUGUGAUGAAUGCCCGUUUAUUUGCACCAGCCCUCUUAAACUAGGCACGCAUAAACAGAGCCACAUAUCUUCAGAUUUAGACACCCUGGACCUAACAAGUGAUAGUCCAGAUCCUCACAACGACAGUGCUACAGACCCAGUGAAUGGGGGUAAUGUAAGUUCCAAAGUCAAUGGAAAAAAGACAACCAGCAUACCGAACGACCAGCAGAACCCUCAUCGCUGCACGCUCUGCAGCUUCUCUACCACCACUCUGAAAGGUCUGAGGGUUCACCAGCAGCAUAAGCAUUCCUACUGUGAUGACCUAGAUCCCACUGUCUUUGAAAACCAACUGACAGACCAGCCAGACUCUGAAGCAGACGCUUCUCCAAUCUUUCUACAAAAAACCCAAACCUCUAUUUUAGGACUUGCCACCAAAAAGCCCUCCGUAACAGGGAAAAGAGCCAGGAAGUCCAUAAAUGACUUGCCUUUGGAUUUAUCAUCAGUUAAGAAGAGAACUAGAAUCGAUGAAAUUGCAAGUAACCUUCAAAGUAAGAUAAGCCAAAGCCAACAGGAUAUGAUCAUAAACCUAGAUGACAUGGAUGAUGAAGAUGCAGCAGAAAAUCACACCAAUGCUGAUACAGAGGUCAGGAACCAUGACAAUAAAAAUCCUGUCUUUACUUAUAACACACAACAGCUUCAUGCAAGAGAUUCAAUGAUCUCUCAUGAGGGAGGCAGAAUAGGGAAAAGAAAAAGCAACCCCAAGUCAAAACCUAGAAACCUUCCUAUAUCGCUUACUCUCUCUGAUGAUAGUGAAAAUAUCUCUGCUGACCCCAGUGAUGGCGCUGUCCAAGAGAACGCUGAUUACUCAGAGGAGCCAGGAACGACACGCUUCUACUGUAAACACUGUGAUUACCACAACAAGUCAGCUCGUAGCGUCAGCACCCAUUACCAGAGGAUGCACCCAUACAUCAAAUUCAGCUUUAAGUACAUCCUGGACCCUGAGGACCAGAGUGCGGUUUUCCGCUGCUUAGAGUGCUACAUUGAAUACACAAAUUACAAUGAUUUGCACCAACACUACAUGGAUCACCACCCUGAAGCAAGCAAUGUUCUCAACUUCAACCAACCAAAUCUGGUUUACAUGUGUCGCUUUUGUUCAUACACGAGCCCCAACGUCCGGAGCCUAAUGCCCCACUACCAAAGAAUGCACCCUACAGUGAAAAUAAACAAUGCAAUGAUCUUCUCCAGCUAUGUGGUGGAGCAAUCCCACAAAACGGGUGAGUCGCAAACUCUGAGAGAAAUAUUAAACUCUGGCCCCAAGAAUUUGAACUCAGCCACAUCAACGCCAAGGUCCUCCUCCAGCCCAGCGCCGAAAACGGUCUCCAAGACCCCUGAAGCCAGUGCUGAGACAGACCCUCUCAAAGAAUCCAUGGGUGGCAACGUUGUUGUCUAUGAUUGUGACGUGUGUUCUUUUGCUAGCCCCAACAUGCACUCUGUGUUGGUCCACUAUCAGAAGAAACACCCAGAGCAAAAAGCAUCUUACUUCCGUAUACAGAAAACCAUGAAAGUCAUCUCUGUGGAUCAGUCGCAGCCUGUUGCAAACUCCUCAUAUAAUCUCAGCAUGGCAACACCUCAAAAACAACCAAGCACAGCACUGUAUGGAUCAGAUGAAGAAAUGUACUACUGUAAACACUGCGUCUACAGCAACAGAUCUGUUGUUGGCGUGUUAGUCCACUAUCAAAAGAGACACCCAGAAGUAAAAGUGACGGCUAAAUAUAUAAAACAUGGUGCCCCCACCCCUGGUUUGAUGAAAUUAAUGGAUGAAUUGCAAAUUGCGGCUCCCAAACAGUUCUUGAAGCAGUUUCAAAAUAACGGUCACGAUGGAUCCAACAACAGCAGCCCCAAAACGGGAAGUGGCGAGAAAGGUGAGGACGAGCUGUUCUUUUGUCAGCACUGUGAUUACGGCAACCGCACUGUAAAAGGAGUGCUUAUUCAUUACCAGAAGAAGCAUAGGGAAACCAAGGCUAACGCCGACCUUGUGCGUCGACACACUGCAGUUGUCCGGAGUCAGCGUGAGCGUGCGCAGAUGGUUCAGUCAGGCAGCGUCUCCUCCGCCUUGAUCCCAGCCCCUCCAGACCCUGAAAACACUACACCCCUGCGCUCCCUGAAGUGUAAACACUGCUCUUACACAUCCCCUUAUGUCUAUGCCCUGAAGAAGCAUCUGAAGAAAGAGCACCCGACUGUGAAAGCCACAGCCAUGACCAUUUUACACUGGGCAUACCAAGAUGGCAUUCUGGAGGCUGGCUACCACUGUGAGUGGUGCAUUUACUCCCACGCUGAACCCCAAGGCCUGCUGCUCCAUUACCAAAGACGCCAUCCCGAGCACAAUGUUGAUUACACAUACAUGGCCAGCAAGCUGUGGGCUGGUCCGGAGACAACCCAACAAGGGGGCAAUAUGGAAACGAAACAUUACAAAUGCAGAGACUGUGCCUUCGAGGCCUGUACAAUAUGGGACAUCACUAGUCACUAUCAGGCAGUCCACCCAUGGGUCAUUAAAGGAGAUGAAUCUGUGCUUCUGGAUAUUAUCAAAGGAAAUGGCUCAGCUGAAAAGAUCCAACAGCAGGUUGCCAAAGAACACGUGUCUUUCAAUUGCCAGUCUGUUGAGGAUGAUGGAGCGCUGGUCAUUGUCACUCCGCCUCAAGAGAGCAAUCCCCAUCCUCCCCACCCACGUCUUUCCAUCUCUAACAACCCUUAUCAGUGCACUGUAUGUCUCUCAGAGUACAACAGCCUCCAUGGCCUCCUCACUCACUACGGAAAGAAGCACCCGGGCAUGAAAGUAAAAGCUGCAGAUUUUGCACAAGAGGCAGACAUCAACCCGAGCUCUGUGUAUAAGUGUCGUCACUGUCCGUAUGUAAACUCCCGUAUCCAUGGCGUCCUUACCCACUAUCAGAAGAGACACCCAUUAGUGAAAGUCACCGCGGAAGACUUUGCAGAUGAUAUAGAGCAAAUCCCUGAUUUAAACGAAGCAGACGACAAGUGCAAAACUCAAAGGCAAGGCUAUGGAGCAUACAGGUGCAAAAUGUGCCCGUAUACUCAUGGGACACUGGAGAAACUCAAAAUACAUUAUGAGAAAUAUCACAAUCAGUCUGCCUCUGAUAUGUUUGCUCCCUCUUUGACACAGUUCUCUCCCGGUAAAGAAAUGGAGCCAGUAGCAGAAUGCAGUGCUGGUAAUAUAUCAAGCGCUGCAAAAGUCCAGGAGGUCAGUGAAUUGGACCUUGCCCUCUCCCAGUUACCCAUCAAUAAGACAGAGAAACAUGCCAUAUUCAAGUGUCAGCUCUGCAAGUACUUCUGCUCCACCAGGAAAGGCAUCGCUCGUCACUACCGCAUCAAGCACAACAACGUGCGUGCUCAGCCAGAGGGUAAAAACAAUGUCUUCAAGUGCGCUCUGUGCUCAUACACAAACCCUAUACGCAAAGGUCUGGCAGCACACUAUCAGAAGCGUCACGAUAUUGAUGCCUAUUACACCCAUUGUCUUGCUGCCUCCAAGACUAUGAGCGAGAAGCCUAAUAAAGUGAUAGCACACCCGCCAUCGGAAGGGGAGAAUACAGAAAUGAGCGAAGACUUGCGCUUGGCAGUGGAGAGACGAAGGUGUUCUCUUUGCGCCUUCCAGGCCUUCAGUAGGAAGAGCAUUGUGUCACACUACAUCAAACGCCACCCAGGUGUCUUCCCCAAGAAGCAGCACGCUAGCAAGCUUGGUCGGUACUUUACCGUUAUCUAUGCCAAAGAACCUGAGAAGAUUGUUGUAAGUGCAAUGGAGGACGACAAGGAUGUACUGGAGGUUCAUCUUGACCCAGAGCAGGACAGAGACUCAGAAUGGCUGCCAUUCAAGUGUCUAAAAUGCUUCCGGUUGUCCUUCAACACAGGCGAGCUGCUCUCUAUGCACUACAACGACCACCACAGCAAUGACUUGAAGCGGGACUUUUUGGUAUCGCCCGGUCCUGGGGACGAGGAGUCAGAGUUGUACCAGUGUUCUCAUUGUGAGCUGAAGUUCCUGGCUCUCCCAGUUCUGGCUAAACAUCUCUUGAACCACAAUGAGGAGUUUCAGAAGAGAGCCAUGAGGCAGGAGAGAAGGAGGCAGCUGCUCAGCAAACAGAAAGCCACAGAACUACCUGAGACCAAACCUGAGAAGGAAAGCCCUGUAAAUAAAGCUCCCAUAGGGUUCAGAUGUAACUUCUGCAUAGAAAUGCACCCCACCCUCCGAGCCAUCUGCAACCACCUUAGGAAGCAUGUCCAGUAUGGAGAGGUCAAAGAGGGCCAUGUCAAGCAGGAAGUCAGCGAUAUCCCCCUGACCCUGCCUACAGAGAGCCUGACUAAUGGCGACCUCGAGGGGGAUGAAGCAGUUGAAGCUGAUGGCCUCGAGAGACCCAUGGCUACAAUGAUGGGUCCCUCCUUAGUUUCCACAGCUUCUGCUGGAGGUGGUGAUGCUGUUGCCACAGAGAUUUUGGAGCCAGAAACGGAUGCCGUUGAAGGACGGGCAGCGGCCCUCGUGGCUGCAGCCAGGGCCGUGGUGUCUGAGGGCGAACUGAAGCAGCGAUUAGCGGCAGGAGGACACCCGUGUGCCCAGUGCGACCGAGUCUUCAUGUCCAUGCAGGGACUGAGGUCCCAUGAGAGGAGCCACUCAGCCAUGGCGCUGUUCAGCAGAGAAGACAAAUACAGCUGCCAGUACUGCCAGUUCGUCUCACCGUUCAGACACAACCUGGACAGACAUGUGCAGUCUCACCACGGGCACCACAAGCCCUUCAAGUGCAAACUCUGCCCCUUUAAAUCUGCCUACGUGAGUCGCUUGAAGAGCCACCUGCAUAAGGCGCACACAGGUGAGCAGCACACAUACAAGUGCUUGUCGUGCCCCUUCUCCUCUAUGACUAUCAGCCAGCUGAAGGAGCACUCUCUGAGAGACCAUGGUGAGGCGCUGACCCUCCCCAAACUGCGGGCUGCUACCCAGGCUGCUCAUGGCACCCUCAGGCCCUCACGGAUAGCCAGUAACACAGAGCAGACUCCCUUGGCCCCGGAUGACCCAUCAUACCUGGAGCCAGCGGAUGUUCGUCAACAACUCAGUCAUUACCAGCUGGCCUCCCGCAGUCAAAUGUCUUCCGGCUCAACACCUGGCGGCUCAACGGUGGCUGAUAAUCGGCCAGACAGCAUUCUCACUUGUGAGUUCUGUGAGUUCAGCUCUGGAUACAUGCAGAGCCUGCGUCGACACUACAGGGACCGCCACGGUGGCAAGAAGCUCUUCAAGUGCAAAGACUGCUCCUUUUUCACCUGCUACAAGAAUACCUUCACCAUGCACGUGGAGGCCGGUCACAACAACAAUAUACCUGAAGACGUCCCUAAAGACCUGCGCUGUCCUCUCUGCCUCUACCACACCAAACACAAGAGCAAUAUGAUCGACCACAUCGUCCUGCACAGAGAGGAGCGCGUGGCUCCGCUAGAGGUCAGCCGUUCCAAGCUGUCUCGCCACCUGCAGGGCCUCGUGUUCCGUUGCCACAAAUGCACCUUCACAUGCUCCAGUGACCAGGCUCUGCAGCUGCACCUGCAGAAGCACGCUGAGAUCAAACCCUACCAGUGCCAGCUCUGCUAUUACGACACCAGUCAGCGAAGCCAGCUGGAGGAGCAUCUACGCAUGGAGCACAAGGUUAUCCGCAACUUUGAGCUGAUGGGCCGCGUCAACCUGGACCAGCUGGAGAUGAUAAAGGGACAAGAGAGCAGUGCAGAGGAGGAAGACGAAAGAGAAAUCAUGGAGAUGGUUGUAGACGGAAAAGUGGCUGCAGAGGAGGAGGAGGACGACGACGAAGAAAUGGAGAUGAUGGAGAACAUGGUGGAGGAACAGAGAGACAUGGAUGAUGAAGAGAUAGAGGACAACAUCAAAGAAGAGGUGGAGGAGGAAGACGAUGAAGAGGAAGUCAGGCGGGUGGAGGAGGAGAAGCCUGUCCUACAAGAGGUCCUUGCAUCUCCCAGCAGCAGCAGCAGCAGCACUGUGCUGAGCGGUGCUGAGAAGCGUCUUCCCUGUGAGUUCUGCGGCCGCUGCUUCACCAACAGCCUCGAGUGGGAACGACACGUUCUUCGACAUGGCAUGAUGGUUAACAACAGUCGAAUGGACACCAGCACCACCUCCACAAUAGAGGCCUCAGCUUCAUCUUCCACUGGCUCCUCCGUCUUAAUGGACACAGGAUUGGAUCUGUCCAGCCACAGCAACGAGGAAGGCAACCCCGCGGAUCUAUCACUGAGAAGUCCAAGCCAGUUUGUGGAAGACAAAGAAAUGCUUGACACCAAAAAGGAUCAACAGUUUGGUUGAACUGACUGUGGCCUCUUGGGGAUGUUUUGCUAGAAACUGAUAGCAUUGGGUAGGAUCAGCACUGAGUUUGAAUAGGACGUCAAAGAAAACAAAAAAGAUUGAAACCGAAAAAAAGUGACUUCUUAUGAGUUGGCGCAUUACUAGGUUUUAGGUGUUACAUAUUUAAAGUAUUAGAUUGUGCUGCAUAAAACGGCUGAGCUCUUUAAAUGGGCAGUCCCCUAGGACAGAUCUUAAUAUAUUGGUAACCAAUAGUGAACAGAACUCUUUAUUGCUGACAUUCUGGUCAAUUCUACAGUGAAAGAUCCCACCUAGAUAAUACUAUAUAAAGGAAUGUUGUCCAAAAUGAUUAAUUAAAUUUAGUAUUUUAUUAUUUGAAGCACCUUUUACACUCCCUCCCAAAACAGGGGUACAGUAAAUUUGCCCAAGAGGAACAAAUAAGAUAUGAAAGCAUUUAAAACUGUGGCCCACUGUAGAGCUACCUUUUCUUGUUGAAAUUUGAGACUUUUUAUCAUCUUAGCUUUGUGUUAAAUGUGUAGAAGUUUUCCUUGAGAAAGAGUCGCACCUUAUCUAUUUUAGUAAAAAAAAAAAAAAAAAACCCACAGAUUGUGUUUUCUUCAUUCAUAGAAAUACUGAAAUUUUCCCCCCAAUGUUUGUAGCAAAUUGCUAUAUCUGAGGUCCCUUAAUAUUAUACUACGUAUAAGCCUUCAGCCUGGGGCACCCUUCGCAUUUUGCCUGUACUAUUUUAUUGUCCAGUAAUUUCACUGAUGAAAUCAUGGAAAUAGUGUGAUUGGUUUAAAUCUCCUGUAUGAUGACGUGUUUGUGGUCCAGGUUAAACAACAUCGUAGUGAACCUGUGCACUCAUCAGAUCAAUAUGACAACAGAGAUAUGUAUGAAGUGUCAUGACUGUAUCCAUGUGAUAUAGGUAUCCGUUAAGCUGAGAUAGCCGUGAACAUCACUACAGGUUUUAACAACAGUGGCGACAUGUCUGUCUUCAUGAUCAAGAGACAGAGAUUACACUUGUCUUUUCAGUGCAAAAGUAAUAAUUGGAUGUGAGAGAUUUCAACACAGCCCAAAUACUGGAUGUGCAUUCAUAAAUGAUAAUUUAAUGCAAAGUUUGGAGGAGGCUGACCACCACAGCUCACUGCUGAAGCUAGUGCGCAAGUGCCUUAAAAUGCAGUUCCUCUGGGGCGCCUCGAUUACUCACCGGCUAGUGCGUGUAGUCCUGAGUCCUUAACGCCAUGGCCCGGGUUUUAGUCCAGCCUGGGCCCUUUGCAACAUGUCAUCCAAUCUUUCUCUCCUACCUAUAAAAUAAAGCAGAAAUGCCAAAUAAAUGGAAUGGCUACUGAAUCAAUUUAAUUGCUUUAAAAUAUGUCAGUUAGUUUGAAGUUACCAGAAACCCCCCUGAUGCCUCCAUUUCUUACUUUUUUUUCCACAAGAAUUUUUGGCUUACAUCUUGUUUAAUUUCUUCUAAUGUGUACUGUAUUGGCAAUUUUGAACAUCAUUGUUGGCGAUGCACCCAUUCAUUUUGGUCUGAGGUGCGGAUGCUGUAGUGCGACAUCUAGAGGUUCUUAAUGUCACAAUGAACCUGUGUGUCAACUCACAACAUAAUCUCCAUUUUACAUUUCUUCAAACCACUAUUAUGUUAAAUUUGUGCAUUUCAUACGUAGCAGAUACAUUAAAAUUUUACACUUCAAUAAAUUUUCAAUUUUAUGUUUAAAGCUAUUUUAUGUUGUGUUUACCCUGUAGUUAAUGUGUGGUUAGGAUUAGGCACAAAAACCACUUGGUAAGGGUUAGAAAAAGAUAAUAUUUUGGCCUUAAAUACCCAUUUUGGACACUACAAACACAGCUGGACAUGUCCAUAAGUGUUGUUAAAAAGACACUUGCUUUUGUUGGUCUCCAACAGUGGUCUGCUGCUGUCUGCCACAUGCAAUCUGAACUACAUCAUACAUAUAAAACAUACAAAUAUAACAUAUCCAUGGUUUGUAGAAGUGUACAAUACCAACACUUUAUUCUGGCAGCUGGCCUGUGGUUCAACCCGAUUGCAAAAAAAUGUAAAAUUAGAUGUAUAUUCUGAUCAACCUCUGUUGGUAUUUAGCCUUAUACCUUUGGUUUAUCUGCAAAGAUUUUGAGAUUUCUGCCUCUAAAAUUUCUGCUGAUCCAGUGCAAGUGGGUGAAAUUUAACCUUUUAUUCUCACAGCAUUAAAACAUGAGCAGUUUUCUUUGGAACUAUUUUCUACCAAAUAACAGUCCUGAAGAAAACUGCUGAUAGUGUGUUCUGAGUGUUCUACUAUUUGAUUUAACGUUAAAGAGGAUGCUGUAUGUGGAAAGAUACGCUGCUAAUUUUUUUUUUUUUAAUGCUGUGAGAAUCACAGAUGAAAUUCCAUGCUAAACCUAGUUUAAGUGGAGUCACAUUUGCUUGACUGACAGAUGUCUCUGCCUCUCGCAGUCAGCCCUGCUGAUUACCUCAGCUUCAUCCAGGUUUGUCCACAUCGCCCAAAUUCGUAUUUUUAGUCUCCAAAUGAGUGACAGGUUGGCAUUAAGCAUUAAACUCAAAUCUUGGCUCUGAGACAUCCCAUCAGAAACUUAUGGCUUAUGCCACAGACAUGUUUUCCUACAGUUUGCGGUCCAGUUUUGACAUGAUGGGAUAAACUGAAAAGACAAGUGUAACCAGGUCAGAGAGCCCUAAAACCAUUUGUUUCCACGUUUAUAGAGUAUAUUUGCCAGUGGGACUGUAAGAUUGACUUUUAAAGGUGUCAAAUUCCCCAACGUAAACCCCUCCAAAUUCUGUAUUGACACAACCAUCAUAGCCUGCAUAUGUGUGCUUCUUUUUAGAAAAAAGUUGCCAUGUUAUUGUUGAUGCUGACAAAAGGCAGAGAUUGUAUUUGUUGGAAGUUGCUGCUUGAAUGCCCUAAAGCCUUAUAAGAUAAUGAAUAGCAAUUAAAUUUAUGCCCAAUUUCCAAUAAGACCAAUAAGCAACGCUGAACAAUCUGAAUUAAAAUGGCUGAUAAUUAAAAUAUCAAAUUUGUAGAGGAGCACAAUUCAUGCAAUUGUGUUCUUGGUACCAAAAUAUUUAACAAGCCCGCUGUGUUUGCUGCUGUGAUUGUCUUUUCCUGAGCAUUGAACCAUUGAUGGAAAUUUGGGUUUGGAGCCCAAGCGAACCACAUGUUUGCAGCCAUGUAUAGAAAACAAAACUACUCGUUAAGUGUUUGAACUGUGGUGUUUCAGAAAGGAUACUUUAACUCUUUUUUCCUUUAGGUGUUCUCAUUUUUAAAAAAGAAGAAAAAAAGACGAUAGCUAACCCUCAGGGGCUUUUUGAGUCCCCAAUCCAACAUUAUUACGCUGUUGUACAAUGUCUGGUUACAAUGAAAAAUAUCUCCUUUUUUGUACUGUAAUGGGAAUGAGCAGAUAGGAAGAGCAGUGUGGUUGUACAAUAUUUAAACACGUGAAGGAAAAUGACGCUGUUCUCUACCAAUUAAUGGCCAGGGCUUUUAUUGUGAAGGAGAAGAAUAUGGCAAAGUAAGAGACAAGAAAAAAAUGUUCCUUUAGGGGCAUUUAACUGCUUGGUCCUUUUCUGGGCUCAGCCAUCAACCUAUUGAUCCCUCUGAGAUCUAGCUCACUCAUGUCCAAUCCAACACCUGACACUCCAGUAUCUUCUAUCCAUGACCAGUAAGGGCAUCAGUUGCCCAUAGUCGACAAGAGGUGGGAAUGUAGCAGCCCCACGGCGCUCCUCAGUCCUUGUAAUACCUUAAAAAACUGUUUGAGUUGGUGCUGAAUCUCAAAGCCCUUUUUAUGUUCUUUCAGGACCAGCUUGUAGCUUUUUUUGAAAGUAAAACUGUUUGAAAACUGUUGUUGUAGAAAUAAGCUUUGUAAGGCAGCUUGUUGCCCAGCUAGAAAACCCAGUGUAAACCAUGAUGACAAAUUGGGACAAACUGGGUAAUGAAGCUGUCAACCCAAAAUUGUUUGUUGUUCUGUGAUAAUUUUAAUAGAAAAUGACUAUGAAUCCCUCACUGUGUGCAGUCCCCAGACUGUGAUAUUCCCAGUUUACCCAAAGUUAAGCCCCUGCUGACAACACACUGGAUACUUGUAUAUAUGUUUAGUUUGUUUCCGAUGCAUUUCUCUUUUCGGACUGUUGUCUCCAUAGUUUGACACUAGAAUCUCUCCUUCUUGCCUUUCUUCCCAUAUAAAUCUGAUUACCUGAUGGUGGGUUGUGAUGUUGCCUAGAAUGAUUGUUUACAAUUUUAUUCCAUUUAUCUCUGGAUAUUCUGUAAAUAUUGUAAUUCAUUGUCUUUUUUUAACUUGAUAAUAAAGUUAUCAGAUAACGGUUAA